CACACAGAAGAGGAGGAGGAGAAGAAGAGGAGGAGGAGAGGGAGAGGGAGAGGAAGAGGAGUUUAAGUGAUGUUAAAGAUGGAAGUGGUGAUACCUGCAAGAACCAUGGAUUUCGAUUUCAACAGUGCCAGAUCUUCUCCUUGCUCCAAUAUUCCUUCUACUCCGAAACGUUUCGGCGAUUAUACUUCCCUUAGUGCUCCAACCAGCCCCACUCGCAUCUCUGAGUUCUACCGUGAGUUCGAGAAUUUUCUGAUUAAUGAUUCAAGAAGCGGUGGUGCUCCUUUCCAUUGGGAAGAAAUGCCUAAAUCGCCGAACAAGAACGUCGUCGCCGCUGCGGAUGAUGAUUUCGCUUUUGAUUUCAGCGAAGACUUGGAGAAGACCUCUCUCACAGCCGAAGAACUCUUUGAUGGCGGAGUGAUUCGGCCGCUGAAACCUCCACCGCGGCUCCAAUUCGGGAACAGAGUCGAUGACUCCUCGAAAAGCCCUCUUUUGUCUCCAAGAUCGCCCAGAUCUCCAAAGGAGAUCAUUCGGAAUGUCUUUUCACCGAGGAUGAAGAAAGUUUCAGAUCCGUUUGCGGCAGCAGCGGAAAAUACCCGUAAACAAGUCGAAAAUGGGAGAGGAAGAGACAGAGUUGCAGGUUUGCCCAGAAAUUCAAGCCGGAGAGGAGCAAGAUCACUUUCUCCUUACAGAGUAUCGCAAUUUCGAUGGGAAGAAGAGAAACAGCAACCACAACCACAACAACAAAAGCAAGCCGUAGCAAAGCAAUCGCAAGUGAAUUCAGAGUCUACUGUUAAUUCUUCUUCAAAGAGUUCUUCGAGAAGAUGGAAAAUCAAGGAUUUUCUGUUGUUUCGAAGCGCAUCUGAGGGAAGAGCAUCAGAUAGAGAUCCUCUCAGGAAAUACUCUGGUUUGUCUCGGAAACAAGAGGAUGUGAAGGGCUCAAGCUUUCGGUCCACAGACGGGUCGGGUUUAGGGACCGGGUCGAAGCGAAGAGGACGAGUGUCGGCCCACGAGUUGCAUUACACCAAAAACAAAGCUGCCGCAGAGGAUUUGAAGAGAAGAACAUACCUGCCAUACAAAACUGGCAUUCUUGGGGUACUGGGAUUCAGUUGAGCAAUCAACAAGAAAAUGAUGGCUAAAGAAACUAAAUUCAAAUUUGUUGAAAAGUUUGUUCUUUCUGUACACAAUAUUAUGCAAAUGUAGGUUAAUAUAAUUUGUAAUCACUCAAAAAUUGGUCAUGUUUCAAUUCGGUAACGGAAUAUUGAAACGUUUUAAUUUGAUAAGUUAAAGUUCAAAUUUGUUCAAUCUACGCAUUGAGUAAGAUUUUUUAAAUUUCAGACAGUCAA